AUGUCGGACCCUCUUUCAACAAUAGCCAGCGCCGCUGGUAUCAUCUCUCUCGGACUCGAAGUCCUGGACAGAAUGAUCGUCUAUUGCGACGCCUUCAGAGCAUACAAUCAGGAUGCCGAAGAUCUCGGCCACAAAGCUACCGGGCUAUCCAGGACACUCAAACACCUCGACGAUGUCCUGCAACAGAGACACGCCGUCGAACCAUCAUCACGACAACAGAUUGUCGAUCUGCUGGAAGCCAGCAACGUCACACUCGAGAAACUUCAGGAAAUGACACGCAAGAUACCAAUUCCUCCGAAAAGCUCCAAGACCCGCGACUUGGCGCAGCGAGCGCUGUACCCCCUGCGCAGACAGGCCCUCAUGGAUGCUGCCAGGCUCCUUGAUACUUUGCAAGGUAAUAUUGACACAGCACUAGGCGUGUUAUUGCUGCACCAGGGAUCUGUAGCACAACACACGUUGCGCCAUGAUGUCCAGGCGCAGAACAUGCUUUUACAACAAAGGCUCGAUGAGCAGGAUACCCAGCUUGAGCGAAUGGUGCGAAUCCAAUCCUGCUCGAGUCAUCGAGAGGCGGUUACUCACAUCAAACAGGAAUCGAUGAUUCGGUAUAUGUUGGACAGCAAGCUUCCAGUUGCCCCGAGUCUGCUCUACACCAUGCAGAGUGAAAAUAGCCGUGCCGCGGCAGCUAUGAGUGCGAUAGAUAGUCAUUCGACGACCCACGUCCGACGUCAGAUGCCGUCCGGGAAAGUUACACAUCACGCACCUCAGUCUGUAACUGCAUUGCAGCGCAAGCAUACCGAAGUCCUCAAGAGAAAGAUCCACCUUCACAGCGGAAUUCUGAGAUUCUCUCUAUCCUUAAGUCUGUCGAUUACCCAGCGAGCCGGUGGAUACUCUAUCGGUCAUACACUUACUUAUCGUGCGAUCACGCCCUACGAUUUCGAUGAACUGAUGAAUCGAUACCGCGAAAAUCCGGUGAAUCAUGCCAAUAGUGAUCUGAGCUGCUGCCGCUACCUUUUUGAAUCCGGCGUAAUCAAGCCGUCUGACAAAUCCAGAGAUGGAAUAACAAUGCUAGACGUUUUGUUGAUCAAGGAUCUCGGCUUCUCAUUCUUGUUUCCUAAUAGCUGGAACCCACACGCCUUCCUAGAGGUUAUGGACUACUUUUUGAAGUUUACAGCGCCUUUAGAAGACAACAGUGGGCUGGAGGGUACUUACCUCAACCACUUUGUCUCCAACGCGCAACCAAAAGAGUCGUCCUACCCACUGAUAGCGAGGCUCGUCGAUGCCGGUAGCUACAUCACGGAUUUCGCCUUAACCCCAUUCAACCGGCACGUAAUUCGUCACAUCAUCUUCAAUCAUGCAGAAGCCGUCCUGCUUUCCGCUGAAGCACGGGCCAUUGCCUGUGAAGACGAAAUCGCUCUCGCGAAUCUGAUAUCCCGCGGCCAGCUUCUUGCAAACGACAUCAUCGGAGAGUGGAAGGCGAUAGGCCUUGUCCUUGGCUGGCCGUCCGGGGUAAGCCUUCUCCUUGAAACCGCAACGAGGCCACUUCCAGGGGAUUGUAUCUCCUGGGCUGCCCAGUUAAACUGCUUAUCCUCCGUGGAAUUGUUACUGGAUGCGGGUGCCCCUCUCUACACCUUCCACCUCUCAGAAGGCAGCCGCUCUCGAAAUCCUCGAAUCAUAGAUCUUCUUGUUGACGAGUUCAUUGCUCGAAGGGAACAUCUUCGCGAUUUCGCUAUGCGCUAUCUACCUGAAAGUCGAUGGCGCAGUCUCGGAGUGUCCUCUUCAUGCUUGCCGCACCUGAACGCCCCGAUGGUGUACAACGCCCUCCGAAAGCAAGGUAUUAGCGUAGCCGAUAAACUGGACCCUCGGAAGCAAUCUUUACACUGCUGGGGACAAGGCUCCGAAAUUGUUUAUGAAGAAUACGUUGGAAAUGUCCUCUUUGAAGCCGGGUUGUCUAUCUCCCAUCUGAACAAACUUUAUGAUGCGGGCGUGGUGGACGUCGACAGCCCGGAUGAGAGCGGCUUCGUAUCGUUGAAGGGGGGAUAUCGUGUACAUCCACUGCAAGAUAUUUUGAGUCGAGCGCGAUGGAUGAUUUCAAAAGGUGCAAAUCCCAGCAAUCGUCUCCCUGGAGCCACCAUUCCUGCAUUCCACACAAUCUUUCAUGAGAGUAUGUAUCAACUGGAACGCGCAGCAUCACGCAAAGAUUCCAUUGCCGAGGCAAUGAAGUUCAUUGAUGACGAAUUCGCAAUGUUGGACGAAGAGAAUCGAAAUUUCCUCAUCGCAAUCAUUAUGGAGGAUAGGUUCAGUGGGCGCCAGUGCGCAUGCUCCAAGGCUGGGUGGACGCCAUUUGCGUCGUGGGUGAGAAAGCCGAGACAUCAUCUGAACGAGCUAGCGACUGUCGCAAUUCGCCAGACAAUGCUGAACGUUCUAAGACUGAUGCCCGCGUGCUCGGGCACCGCCGGUGCAGUCAUUCGACUCUUCACGUUCGAGGAUCUCGACCUCGAGCAUAUCUGUCCUGGAGAGAGUGGCGACUGCCAGCUGGAUGAUGCUGAGAGGGAAGUGGUUCAGGGAAUCCAGGAAGAAGGGCUUCAGCAACUUGAGGAACUCACAGAGAGAUCUGCGGAGCAGUUCCAGGGACUCCACGUCCCGCUGGUUCGGUUUAUGCAGGAGUGCUGGUGUGUACAAAUGCAGGAGUACCUUCAGCGAGACCGGCAGCUGUCACCAGACGAGCUCAACCGAAUCCGAGACCUAGGGGUUGUUGACUUAGCCCCUGCUGCUGUACCAUUGAACGGGGAUGAGUGGUGUGUAGUGUUGCACCCCAAGGUGACUGAGGACGUGAAGAGUUAG